AUGACUCAAAUGUACUGAAGAUAGGCUUGGAACAUAUUUUAUUAAGCUUUAAUGAUGCGGUUGGGAUCUGUUCAUUAACUGCUUAUAGAUUUAUAACAAAUAAACCGCAAGAGAUUACUGAGUUUGAUUUAUUUUGUUAUUCAAUUUCUAUUUUGCUAUCUUUUCCCAAUCGUAAUGCAAGUUCUGGUGCUGACCUGUUUCACGGAAGGAAAAUGCUGCGAACAAAUAAUAGAGGUGCAACUGAGUUUGUUGUUGAAGGACAGCAUCUGAAUAUUAACAGCUUGAGACCAAUGAUCCCAGAAAAUAAAUACAUACAGAAAGAUAUUCCGCUAUUCCCUCACCCUGAAUUUCACGUGAAGGAUGUCUGUCACAUCACAACAUUAAAAGGCCUGAAAAGAAUAAUGAAUUCCAGUGGAUUGAAAGCAGGUAGAGGCGGUUUCAUCUGGUGGGGUCUUCACAUCGCCAAGGAGGAAAUUGCAGCUGCAAAUAAUCGCUUCCUUCGAAAGAAAUCCCUUCACCCAGAAAACCAUCAAUUCCUGAGUCAAUUCACGACAUCCCCAGUCUUCCAGGAGGGAUCUCGGUAUGGAAACUUCAAGUUCACCUUCCCCUUGGAGGAUCUCAUGCAGAUGUACCAAGAGCAGAUCUGUGGAGGAACGAUGCCUGUCCUAAGAAUCUAUAAAACCACAGUUUACAAACAGGAGAUCAUGUACUCAGUGGUUGUCCAUAGUGCAGAGGUGGAGGAGUUUGAUGGGUAUCCACGUCUUCCUGUUGAGGAUAAUGAGGGAAUAUGUGCUUAUAGAAACGGACAGAUUGUCUGGCAUGCAGAGGCAAUAUGUCAAACCCAUAGAAAUGAGCUGAUCAUCAAUGAAGACGGGACAUUUGAAACAAGACUAAUGAAUAGACAUGAGUUUUUUGUUUGGGACCAUGUGACACUGGCUUUCCAUAUACGAGACCCCCAGACACUUGAGGUAGAUGAGAGAAUACUAAAAGACAAUCUCUAUCCUUGUGAGGCUACUAACCCUUUUCUCCAAAGCAUGUUUGAGAGGUUAGAGCUACAAAAAGCAGAAGAGGUGGUUGCUUCCAUAAAGCAGAUACCUGUGCUGUGA